ACACCCCAGAACCCGAAAAAUCUGAUGUCACUUUAUUAAUUGGAGGUCAGCCUUUGCCACCUCAACACGUUGUUCCUGUAAAUGCUUCCUUUGAUAACCUAACUGUCGAACAAAAGUAUGAUAUUUUAACUAAAGGUGUUCCGUUUUCUAGUAAUGCUGGAGAACAGGAAACAGAAAAUCAGGCAGUUCAAUUCCCGGACUAG